AAGUUUAAAACAAUAUAUUAUAAGGAAAACAACUUCAUUAUUUUCGCAGUGAAAGGAAUUGGAAAAAUUGUCACAACAGUAUGAUUUUAUGGCAUGGCCGAAUUGCAUAUAAUUGGACAUAUUUCAUCUGCAAAGAAUUUUAAACAAUCACAUCUACUCUGCAAAUGGAAUUUUUAUGUUGGUAAUGGUUGGAAAAUUGUAUCAGGACAAGAAGAAGGACAAACACAAGAGAGUUGUGAUAUUUAUACUAAUAAUUCAGUCUGGGAUCAUCCUAUAGACUUGCAUUACACAACUCAGACUUUGCAAAAUUCUCCAAAAUUACUAUUGCAAGUGUUUUGUAGAGAUAAUUAUGGAAGGAUACUGUUUCUUUCGUAUGGAAUACACAAUAUUCCAUUAUCUCCUGGUUUGCACAUAUUAGAAUGUCAUACAUGGAAACCUAUUGGUACUUGGAAAGAUAGACUGUAUGACAAAUUCUUGGGACGAAGUUUACAAUUGAAAUCACCAAGUGUUUUAAUUAAUACAUUAGAUAGGUUUGAAAUAUUUACGCAAAGCGUGGGAACAGUAAUUGUUGAUUUGCACAUUCUAGCAAGAAAUUUUGAUAAAUUUGGAUGCCAAUUGUGA